AUGUUCCGACCUGACUACGGUUUCGAUGACCCUAUGGAAGGCGUUCUAGGUGCCGGCAUGAUGCGCGGCGCUGCUCGCCGAUUUGAUGAAUAUUACCGCUGCUAUCCUGUUGCGAUGCUUCCUGGUCCCGAACGAGAGAAUGUCAACCACGGUGGAAAGGUCAUCAUGCCCCCCAGCGCAUUGGACAAGCUCACUCGUCUCCACAUCACCUAUCCUAUGCUUUUCGAGUUGCAUAAUGGUGCAAAAGACAGAAUGACCCAUGCUGGUGUUCUUGAAUUUAUUGCUGAGGAGGGCAAGAUCUAUCUACCAUUUUGGAACCCGGCGACCUCCUUCAGAUCAAGUCUACCGACCUCCCCCCCAGGUCAAUUCAUCAAGCUUCAAGCCCAGUCGACCUCAUUUCUCGAUAUCAGUGAUCCCAAAGCUGUCCUUGAAAACGCGUUCCGCAACUUCUCUUGCCUAACUAAAGGCGACGUCUUCACAUUUGCAUAUAAUGAUCAGAUAUAUGAGAUGGCUGUCCUCGAGACUAAACCUGCGGGUUCCAAAAGCGCGGUGUCCGUGCUAGAGACCGAUCUAGAAGUCGACUUCGCUCCUCCUGUAGGAUAUGAAGAACCACAACGCACUAGCGGCACCAGCACCCCAGGCAGUGUCGUAAGCGGUGGCAAGCUACCUGCCGGUGGGCUUCUUCACCCCCAUGGUACGAUGGCACAGUCCAUCAACUAUUCUGCCAUCGCACCGGAAUCAACUGAUGCCGCUGCUGGAGCGAAGGCCGUAUCGUCCAAUUUUCUUUCGGGCGGCCAACGACUUAAUGCCAAAAAGGGCAGCAAAGCUCCUACUCCCAAAGCCAGCACCCCAGUCCCGGGAGCUACAAACCCCCAGCACCCUCCACCAGUUCGAAAACUCAAUGGCCCUCAGCCUCUCCGGCUCCCUCCUAACCAGCUAUUCUUUGGCUACACAAUCAAGCCGCCUAAGCCGCGCGAUGAGAAUGGACUGGUAAUUCCAGAGGAUCAGCCCAAGUUCCAAGGCAUCGGCCAAACCUUACGGGGGAAGAAGAAGGAUCUUGGGGGCUCAGCAACACCCACCUCGGGCAGUGAGGCUGAAAGCCAAAAGGGCAAGGGGAAUGGCGGCGGCCGGACCCUAGGCAAGAAGCGCUGA